AUGUUUCUGUAUUUGACCCGUGUGACCCUGACCCUGACCUGUGUGACCCUGACCCGUGUGACCCUGACCCGUGUGACCCUGACCUGUGUGACCCUGACCCAUGUGACCUCGACCCGUGUGACCCUGACCCAUGACCCUGACCUGUGUGACCCUGACCCAUGUGACCUCGACCCGUGUGACCCUGACCCGUGUGACCCUGACCCGUGUGACCCUGACCUGUGUGACCCUGACCCGUGUGACCCUGACCCAUGUGACCUCGACCCGUGUGACCCUGACCUGUGUGACCUGACCGUGUGA